AAAAUGUCAGAGCUGGAAGGACGCCUCCAGCAGGCCUUGUCCACCCUCCACCGGGAACAGCAGCUGGCCAGCCAGUACUGCAGGGAGAAAGAGACCUUGGAGAAGGAAAAGGCCGCCCUCUCCUGCAGCUUGGAGGCAGAGCGUGUCCGGGGGCAGAACCUGGAAGCCGAGUGGGAUCUGGACCGGCGGCAGCAGGACGCUCUGCGGGCCACCCUGGAGGAGCAGCAGAGGAUCUGGGCCCAGCGGGAGAAACAGCUGGAGGAGCAGCUCCAGGCGGCGCAGGAGGAGAGCCGGCUGCACCUCGAGAAGGAGAAGAUGGUGGCCCAGCGGGAAGCCCAGAAGUCCCUGGAAGCCCAACAGGCCUUCUCUACGGCGCAGGCAGAGAUGCAGGGCCUGCAGGCCGACCUGGAAGCCGCGCGGCGAGAGAGGGACACCGUGAAGAUGGAGAUGAGCUUGCUGAAGGCCCGUUUCGAGACCCAGAAGGCCAAGCUGGAGUCGGAGCUGAAGGUGGCCUUAGAACAGCGCGUGACGGAGCGGCUGGCCGAGGUUCACGAGGACAGCUUGCGCCAAAUGAGCGCUAUGCGAGAACAGCACAG